ACUGAUAUUAUCUCAAGCAGCAAUUAAACAUCGACUACGGUUGAUAAACAAACUUUGUUGAGUUCGGCUAGGAGAAAUCGGGAAAAAAUAGCCAAAUUAUCCUUGUUAUGCUCUUCAUACAAAGGUAGUAAGGUUGUGGUAGUAAGGUUGUGGUAGUAAGGUUGUGGUAGCCGCAGAAAAGUCAUGUAUCUGUUACUUGGACCAGCAAGUUCAGGGAAAACCUUAUUGACGAAGAAACUAAAAUCUCAUGAUGAAGUGAAAGAUGAUAUUGCUAAUAUAUCAUCAACCUUGCCAACAAUUGGUACAAACCUGGUGAACAUUUCCCUGACCAAAAGACAUGAAAUAACAGUAAGAGAGCUGGGGGGAUCUAUGUCUCCAUUAUGGCCAAAUUACCUGAAAGAUUGCCAGAUUCUUAUAUAUGUCAUUGAUAUAUCAAACCGUCUACAAGUGUCCGCUGCCUGUAUGCUGUUCCUAACAAUCCUGACAAACCCAAACUUAAAAGACUGUCAAGUACUGGUGCUUCUUAACAAAAUAGAUUUGGCUACCUCAAUGAGUAGACAGGAAUUUGAAUCUCUAUUCAGAUGGGAUGAUAUACUUCUACACAGUAAACACAGAAUAGCAGUGAAAGAAAUCAGUGCUGUGUCAGGCAAGGGACUGCCAGAGGUUCUGGAAUGGUUGCAGCAACAUGGCAAAUGAUGCUCGUGUAAAGUUCCAAUUCUGUGAUUGCCUUGCCAGCCAUUAUGCCGUGUUGUGAUACUCACCGACAUAGCAUGCUCAGUAUUACUUACUCUACUUAAAUGAAAUCAUGUGAUCCAUUCGUUUUCAUGUGUGUAUGAUCUGUGAUAUUAUAUAGUUAUAAGAUGGGCAAAAAUUAUUUCCUUUGGGGUUGACAAAAUAGUUAUUGCCUCAGGUAUAGAUUGAAGGUUAUAUACCUUAGAUCCUGAAAAUUUGAAAGAGUAAUUUUGUUCCAGUUAAGCUUAUAUUCCCCAAUAUACUUUCAAAUAGAUUGCAUUAUAUGCUCCCCUACCCUGACCUCCAAGUAGCUAGAUUACAGGAGCACGCCACUGGAACUGUUUUUACCAAUGCUUGUAUGUAGGUUUCUGAACAUGCAUAAUACUGAAGGAGUUCAGGCAUGUAGCUGCCUAUAUGCAAUUAGUAUGCAACUGCAUACACAUCAUUUGCUAGAAAGAGAGAGAUCUGCCGUUAAAAUUUGUGCUUUAAAAAUAACUUUGUGAUAUAUAAAUAAGUGGACAAUACAAUUUGUAAAACAAAUGUAAAGUUAGUCCAAGUACACAUGCUGAGUUGGUAUUAUCAAACACUUUAGAAAAUAAUUUGGUGAAUUGUUUUUGUUUUGGAAAUUGACAAGAAACUUUGUUUCUAUGCAGAAAAAUAGGCGAUUUCAUUGGUAAACCCAGGUCUUCCAGGGGGUUUGCCACCUGGGCUGCCACAAGACAGCCACCAGACUCCCUUGCCAUGCAUACACUUAUUUUCUUUCUGGCUACGUGCCUCAAGUUAGGUUCCAUAAGUGUACAAUUUAUAGUAUAUGUACAUUAUGUACUAGUGUAUUUGUUGGAGGUCAUGGCUGAAUUGAAUGACAUACUUGUGUAUACCCCAUUUCUUGAUAUUAAAAGCUUUUCAGAAAUACUC